AUGAGCGGAAGAGGAAGAUUUAGCGGAAGGGGCGGUCGCAGCCCUGGCAGAGGAGGACGUGGUAGAGGUGGAUUUGGAAGGGGAAGAGAUGAAGGACCACCUGACGAAAUCGUUGAGGUUGGUCAGGUUUUGCACGAUUGCGAGGCCGAAUUGGUAUGCCGCUUGACUUUGGAUGAUAAGGUACCAUACUUCAACGCUGGUAUCUAUCUGGAGAACAAGCGCAAGAUCGGGAAGGUUGAUGAAAUUCUGGGCAAAGUGUCCGAGAUUUUCUUCACCGUAAAAAUGGAUGCCGGAAUACUAUCCAAAUCUUUCCAAGUAAAUGACUUGGUGUACAUUGGAACAGACAAACUGCUCCCAUUAACGCGGUUUACGAAUCCUGGGGCUCCUUCAGGUGGCCGUGGUCGUGGCGGUGGCCGUGGGGGUAGAGGCGGUGGCCGUGGUGGAGGUCGUGGUGGUGGCCGUGGUGGCUUUGGAGGACGUGGUGGUGGCCGAGGUGGCUUUGGAGGUCGUGGCGGUGGCCGAGGUGGUUUCGGACGUGGGGGUGGUCGUGGCAGAGGUAGAGGCCGUUACUAA